AGUCUAAUAUAUACUUUUUUCAGAUGGAACUGUCAUAUUCCAGGGGAAUCAAUGCACAUGUACAACAGCCGUGACAAUGGUGGGAGUGGCGAUACCAACAACAAGAAGGUCUCCUGCUUUGGUUUUGUCAUGACAUAUAAUGAAGCAACCGGAGUGUUUUCCGUCACACCUCAAGAUCAAGAGGCUUCCAAACAGGUUUUGGGGAACUUGCCUCGCAACUACGCAAACUGGAAAGUUGCCCGAGCUGAAUAUGUCAGCCCGUUAGAGCACUCCCAGGCAAAAGGCCGUUCUUUAGCCAGUAUAGUCGAGGCGCCCUGCACGGUGAAGUGGUCCAACUCUUACCAAAUCAAGCCCGCGGAGGAGGGAGGAAGGUGUCUUUACUUCGUUGCGGCGUCUUCAGGCGACAUUUUUGUUGUGUUCUCCGUCAUUCCGAGGGAUAAAAGCACCUGGUACCAUCUCCAGAUCAGUUUCCAGGGUGUUGCUCUCUACAAGGGAAUGAAGCUGGUGAAAUACGAGGGAGCAAAGAGUGCCCGAAGUCUGGGGGACUCCAAAUUAUUGUUCCAGCCGUAUUUCAUUUGUCUGGAGGAAGACCAUGAAAAACAGCGAACCUACAUCAAAUAUGGCAUCGGCUCUGACACUUCCGAGAAAGGGCUGGUCUACAUGGUCUACAAUGAUGCCGGUCCACCACUGGGCAUCCGUUUCUACUCCUUUGGUGGAGGGGAAAAGGACGUAGAGAUCAUGGACGCCCGAAUCAUCGAGGGAGGGGCACAGGGAGAAAUGGAAUGUACGGGAGGAACAGUCCUAAAGGACGGGAAGUGUGUGGAAGACUGUCACCCCGAGUGUAACGGAUGUAUUCCCAUGUCUUCUGGAUCGAAGCUCAACACGGAAUGCCGCAGUUGUAAGCACUUUUCCAUCCACAAGAGAGGUGGGACUAUCCAAUGCGUCGCAAAAUGCCCAGUAGACAUGAAAGCCGCUGACGAUGGCGUCACAUGCAGAUGUAAGGACUUUGUCUUCCACAACGAUGACGGAAGUUCUCGAUGUGUCUCGGCAUGCGGAAUCGCUUAUGCAUUGGGAUCAGACGGCAGGACUUGCACGGUUAAGUUUAGAGCUGAUGCACGAUGCGGAACGAAUUUCCCAGCCCCAGGAGCGAGUCCCGGCCAGUGUAACCCUUAUUCAGAUGGGCCCUGUUGUUCCAGUGGGGGAUGGUGUGGGGCAACAGAAGCUCACUGCACAUGCAACGGCUGUAAGGACUAUCGUAAGUGGAGAGCUGACAGCCGUUGUGGAGCGGAUUUCCCCGCCCCAGGAGCGAACCCCGGCCAGUGUGACCCUAAGUCAGACAGACCCUGUUGUUCCACUGAGGGAUGGUGUGGGGCUUCAGCAGCUCACUGCACCUGCGACGGUUGUAAGGACUUUCGUCCAGCUAAGUGGAGAGCUGACAGCCGUUGUGGAGCGGAUUUCUCGGCCCCAGGAGCGAACCCCAGCCAGUGUGACCCUCUUUCAGACAGACCCUGUUGUUCCACUGAGGGAUGGUGUGGGGCUACAGCAGCUCACUGCACCUGCGACGGCUGUAAGGACUUUCGUCCAGUUAAGUGGAGAGCUGACCAUCGUUGCGGAACGCGUUUCCCAGCCCCAGGAGCGAACCCCGGCCAGUGUAACCCAAAGUCAGAUUGGCCCUGUUGUUCCAGUGGGGGAUGGUGCGGUUCUACACCAACUCACUGCACCUGCGACGAUUGUAGGGAUUAUCGUCUAGCCUUGUGGAGGGAUGAUGGGCGUUGUGGCACGGAUUUCCAAGCCUCGGGAGCGAAUCCCGGCCAGUGUGACCCUAAGUCAGAAAGACCCUGUUGUUCUACUGAGGGAUGGUGUGGGGCUUCACCAGCUCACUGCACCUGCCACGGCUGUAAGGACUAUCGUCUAGGCACAGCUAAGUUCAGAGCUGACGGACAUUGUGGGACGGAGUUCCCAGCCCCAGGAGCGAACCCCGGCCAGUGUAACCCUGUGUCAGACAGACCCUGUUGUUCCAAGUACGGAUGGUGUGGGGCAACAUCAGCUCACUGCACCUGCGACGACUGUAUGGACUAUCGUCUAGGUCCAAAGGUUUCUUAUACAGCCUUGUGGAGGGAUGAUGGGCGUUGUGGCACGGAUUUCCCAGCCCCAGGAGCGAAUCCCGGCCAGUGUGACCCUAAGUCAGAUAGGCACUGUUGUUCCACUGAGGGAUGGUGUGGGGCUUCACCAGCUCACUGCACCUGCGACGGCUGUAAGGACUAUCGUCCAGCUAAGUUUAGAGCUGACGGACGGUGUGGAACGGAGUUCCCAGCCCCAGGAGCGAACCCCGGCCAGUGUAACCCUGUGUCAGACAGACCCUGUUGUUCCAAGUACGGAUGGUGUGGGGCAACAUCAGCUCACUGCACCUGCGACGACUGUAUGGACUAUCGUCCAGGUAUGGCAUUACUUUCGAGUCAUAAUGUUGUCUUAAAAAGGUACCGGGUUAUGAUGUUGUAAAAACUAACGGGGUAC